CUAGUGCUAGGAGGUUAGUGGCUUCUGGCUAGCCUACAAAAAGUACAAACUCUAGAAAGAUAAACCCGCCUUCCUCCUGUUAAAGCUUAAACCCUAACACCCUCUCUUCUUGCUUUCUAAAUUGAGUAAAAAUCUCUGCAACUUGUAAAGUAGCAGUCUUGAUGCUCAAAAGAUGAAACCUUUCUUCAAUUCCCGUCGUCCUAAGCAUCACAAGCAAAAGGGCAACGCUGCUCCUCUUAAUCAACAGGUUUUUUCAACAAACCCAUCUUUAGCAAAUUCAAUGCCAAUGCAACCGCAACUGGGUUUAGUCAAUCCUCAGAUUCCAAUUCCUUUCAAUAAUUCAAACACCCUUUUAAGCAAUGGACAAGCCAUGGCUAAUAUGCCACCUUUGAUCGCUCAACAACCUGGUAUAUUGAGUGGACCUAAUGAUCUGGCUAUCCUUCAGUUACAAAAUCAAGUCAACAAGUUGAAUGCUUUAAAGAUGUUAAUGGAUCAAGUAAACCAAUUGCAAGGAGAGCUGUUUGGGCCUAGUUUCUCCAAUUUGCCACAACAACUCAAUCAAAAUAUGGGUUUGUUACAAAAUCCAAUGCAGAAUAUGAUGAACCCUGUUAUGCCUUUGCAAAUGCCAAUAAAUUCUCAAGUUGGUUCCUUUAAUGUCCCUUCAAGCAAUCACCAAGUGGUAGGUGCUCGAAGUCAGAACUUUUUUGUAAAUCCACCGUUUGGAGCUGAGCAACGAGUGAAUCCAAACCCGCCCAACUAUGUAAUGCCGACAACUAGUGCAUAUGGAUCGAAGCUAUUGCAUGUUGCAGAUCAGCAAGGCCAAGGGAAAUUGUCUGCGUCACAGCAAGGUCAGAACUUUUUGAUGUCCACAGGGGGUGCAAAUGGACCAAAUGUUGCAAAUCAGCAAGUGGAAGGGAACUCGCCUGCAUUACAGCAAAGUGAGAAAGUUCCAAUGCCUGCAAUGGCUGCAAAUGGAGCAAAGCCAUUGCCUAUUGCAACUCAGCAAGGGCAAGGGAACUCAUCUGCUUCUCAGCAAAGUUGGAACUCGCAGCCCUCUACGUACAAUAGGUGGCAGGGUAAUACUGCCAGAAAUGGUCAGAGUAGUACUCCAAAAUCCAAAUGGGAAAAGUCUUCUGGAAAAAACUUCAAAAAUAAUCGAAAUAGAGGGCGAUCACAAUCAGGACACCAGAAAUCUGAUUUCAAUUGCAUGGAUAAUGGAAAGAGAAAGCUUGAGUUUUCUAAUGAACAUGGAAGAAAAGGGAACGGCAAUGAGAGGGUAGCAAAAUUUGGUCGCACUGAUCUUACAGACCAAGCUACAGAAGAGAAAAGUAAACCUAGCAGAACUUUUUUUUACACGGAACAAGAAAUCAAACAAUGGCGUGAAUCACGUAGGAAACACUACCCAACAAAAACCAACAUCGAGAAGAAGCAGAUGGAGGUCAUUGAUAGAGAGGCCAACUUUCGUCGCAAGCAACUCAAGGAGAUUUUGGCAAAGCAGGCUGAGCUAGGAGUUGAAGUCGCAGAAAUACCGCCAGACUAUCUGUUAGAUUCAGAGAAGUUAGGAGUUGAAGUUGCAGAGAUACCACCACCACAGGUGUUAAAUUCAGAGAAACUAGGAGUUGAGGUUGCAGAAAUACCACCACGGAAUCUGUUAGAUUCAGAGAAACAAGAGCAUGGAAGGGAAGAUAACAGAAGGUCCUUGACUAAGAAAGGGAAAUUCUGGAACAAGCAUGAUAAAAGAGGAAGAUUUAACAAAAAAGGUCGGCCAGCCAAGCAGGUUGGAUCAGCAAAUGAAGAAAGGAAGCCAACACUGUUGGAGAAGCUUCUGAGCACAGAUAUGAAGAGAGAUAAGCGCCAAUUGUUGCAGGUUUUUAGGUUCAUGGUGGCGAACUCUUUCUUCAAGGAUUGGCCAGAGAAACCUUUGAAAUUUCCUUCAGUAGUGGUCAAAGAAGAUGGUUAUGAGGAUGAGAUUGUAGAGAAAAAAUCCUCACUUGUCGGGGAGGAAGUUUCUGAAGACAGGAACAACACAAUAGCUGAAAAUUUCGGUGAUAGAGAUGACAACAUCGAACAUGAUGCUCAAGUCGAGCUGGGGAAUUGUUUUGUCAGGGGAAAAUGUGAUAUUGUUGACGAAGUUGAUAGGGUUGAAGAGGGAGAAAUUGUUGACUAACAUUGCACCUUCUGUUAAAUGUGUCAAGCAUUGUAAUUCCACCACCCCUCAAACCACUCCUUAAGGAUUUGUAAACUAUGUUCACUCUCUUAUUAACUAUCCAGUUUUGCAUUAAA